UAUACUCUCAACAUCAUGUCCGGCCGUGGCAAGGGUGGGAAGGGACUAGGUAAGGGUGGUGCCAAGCGCCACCGCAAGGUCCUGCGCGACAACAUCCAGGGCAUCACCAAGCCCGCCAUCCGGCGCCUGGCCCGGCGCGGCGGCGUCAAGCGCAUCUCCGGCCUCAUCUACGAGGAGACCCGCGGGGUGCUCAAGGUCUUCCUGGAGAACGUGAUCCGGGACGCCGUCACCUACACCGAGCACGCCAAGCGCAAGACGGUCACCGCCAUGGACGUGGUCUACGCGCUCAAGCGCCAGGCUCAACAAGCUGCUGGGCAAAGUCACCAUCGCGCAGGGCGGAGUCCUACGAUGGCUCGCACCAAGCAGACAGCUCGCAAGUCCACCGGCGGCAAGGCGCCCCGCAAGCAGCUGGCUACCAAGGCGGCUCGCAAGAGCGCCCCGGCCACCGGCGGCGUGAAGAAGCCCCACCGCUACCGGCCCGGCACGGUGGCGCUGCGCGAGAUCCGCCGCUACCAGAAGUCCACCGAGCUGCUGAUCCGCAAGCUGCCCUUCCAGCGCCUGGUGCGCGAGAUCGCGCAGGACUUCAAGACCGACCUGCGCUUCCAGAGCUCAGCUGUGAUGGCGCUGCAGGAGGCGUGCGAGGCCUACCUGGUGGGGCUCUUCGAGGACACCAACCUGUUUUUGUUUCUCACUAUGUCUGGCCGUGGCAAAGGUGGGAAGGGUCUGGGCAAAGGCGGCGCCAAGCGCCACCGCAAGGUCCUGCGCGACAACAUCCAGGGCAUCACCAAGCCCGCCAUCCGGCGCCUGGCCCGGCGUGGCGGCGUCAAGCGCAUCUCCGGCCUCAUCUACGAGGAGACCCGCGGGGUGCUCAAGGUCUUCCUGGAGAACGUGAUCCGGGACGCCGUCACCUACACAGAGCACGCCAAGCGCAAGACGGUCACCGCCAUGGACGUGGUCUACGCGCUCAAGCGCCAGGGCCGCACCCUCUACGGCUUCGGCGGCUAAGUGUUGGCGCUUUUGUCUCCGUUCCCUUAGCAAAACAAAAGGCCCUUAUCAG